UCCACGGUGUAUUCGCGGAAACCUUUUUUUCUCUCUUUUCUGUGUAAACUGCAAAUCUAAUCGUAAUCUAUUUUUCAUCAAUUUCGAGAGAUCUCGCUUUCUCUCUCCUCUCUCCUCACAACUCCACUCGCAUGGCGGACUCGUACUGGAGGUACGGCGACUCACGGCAGCCGCCUUCCUCCGCCAUCCCUCCCAUCGUCGGGAAGCGCUCUCGCUCCGACUACGAUGGCCCUGGAAGCCACGACCUCCCCAGCUAUUUUCCCCGUGAUGAUGAUAGAGGAGCAAUGCGUGGAGCUAGAGAUACCGAGUCCAUUAAUGCAUCAUAUGACCGUUAUUUGCGCAGCACGCAAGUUUCAUCUUAUGGUAGCGGACAGCCUGGUAGACCCUUGGGUGGGGGAAUGCCUGGUCGUACUGUUGAUGAUCCCCGUCUUGUGGGCAUUGGGGGAAUUGACCCUGGGACAACUGUAAAAGAUAGGCCGCUUGGAUUUUCUGGUGGAAGGCCUGAGGUUCCCCUUCCCCCUGAUGCUAGUAGUACACUAUUUGUAGAGGGCUUGCCUGCCAACUGUACACGACGUGAAGUAGCUCAUAUCUUUCGUCCUUUUGUUGGCUACAAAGAAGUGAGACUUGUAAGCAAGGAAUCAAGACAUCCCGGAGGAGAUCCUCUUGUCCUUUGUUUUGUUGAUUUUCUGAGUCCAGCCCAUGCAGCAACUGCUAUGGAUGCCCUACAAGGUUAUAAAUUUGAUGAGCAUGACCGUGACUCGGUUAAUUUAAGGUUGCAAUUUGCUCGCUAUCCUGGUGCGAGGUCAGGUGGCGGACCUCGUGGCAAGCGUUGAAAUUAUGCGGUUUUUGCAGGAUUUGCGCGGUAUGGGGAGGUUGUGAUAAUGAGAGG